AUGUCUGCGACACAGAGGCCAAGACGAUCCGUCAGUGCGUGCCAGUGUCCAUGCCCUUACCGCUUCCAAGUCAUGUGCUGUUUGGCUCUGAUCUCCACGGGAGCCAUCACUGCGUCGUGGUCUCAAAUUCAGCAGUUUACGUGGCAAGGCAGUGCUCUGCUUGAUUCUGCACGGAUCCCCUUGCCGGACACCGAAGAGGGAGGAAAGGACAUCGAACCCGAUUUUCCACCGGACAUAUUAGACGAGGAGGCGGCUACUGACUUUGGGAACGGCAGUGCAGAAGAACAGGCAGCUGUACGUUCGAGCAGUCGGUCUUCGUCUGAAGAGGUUCCUGAUGGUCCGGAUGCCGAUCCUCGCAGCCAAAGCGAGGAAGACCAGGAGCACGCAGGGGUCUUCGCUCUCGACGAAGUUGAAGAUGAGUCUCAUGGUACAACGCUGGCCAAGAAGGUGCGACAUGACGAUGGCAAAGCCCCCACGACCUUGCUGGGUAUCUACCAAGAGCUCUGCCGCAUGGGACUCCGCUCUCCUGGCGCUAUCAGGCUAGCAGCUCCAGAGCUGCGGGAUGCCGUUGUCCGGCUGUACCAGCCCCUGGUGGAGCGCCAACCUCCAGCAGCCUUUCAUCCUGAGCGCAUGGUGACCCCGAAAUCGCCAAACUGCAAGGAUCCGGCCUGGAAGCACAUCUUGGACGGCACUCGUCGAGCGGUGCCACGAGCCUUGGUUGAUGUUACGACUGGAAUGGGAGGAGGGCCAGAGCUGGAUUUGCUGGAGCUCCGCCUCUGGGAGAUCAAUGCAUCCCUGGGCGACCAGCCCAAACCUGCCAUCAAGGACGUUUACGUGAUUUCCGAGUCAGCCUAUGGGCUGCGAGGAGAUCAGAAGCCAUUGCAUUUCAGCAGGCAGCGCGAGCGUUUCAAGUCCUUCCUGCCUCAAGUUGAACACAUCCUCCUGGACAAUUGCACGAAGUAUUCGUCCGCAAUUUCGAAGAUGCGUCGAGAGACCAACAAGGGCAAGAAGAAAGGUGGGACAAUGUUCUCCGCGGAGAGCAUCCAGCGAAUCUGCGUGCUGAAAACACUGAUUCAGAGGCGUCCAGAAAUUCCUGAUGACGCACUUCUGAUUUUUUCUGACCUGGACGAGGUGCCCUCAGCCCAGGCCAUUCAGAUGUUGAGGCUCUGCAAGACAAAGUCCAGUGCCAAGGAUGGGCCAUGGAUCCAAGCCCACUAUCCUCUGCCGUACAACCUCCGGGUCGGGUGCAAGGCAAGAAAGAAGACUGAGUUGCACUACCAGGGGGUCUUCACCACCAUGGGGUUCUUGCGCCGGAAGAAGGGCUUGGCGCUGCGGUACAACAUGAGGCGCAACUUGAUCGUGCCGAGAGCCGGCAUUCACCUGACCUAUGUUGGCUCGCGCGCAGAUGUGGACUACAAGCUUCUACAUCACGGCGAAAGCGGCCAGGUCCUUGCCACCAAAGCGACUGCAACUGGCAAGAGAUUAAACUUCUGUGAGAUCGACGAAAAAACUCUGGCAUCGAUGGAGCAGCUUCUGCGCGACAACCCGGUUUCUGUGGCGCGGGCGUGGGAGCGAGGCAAGUCCUCAGUGCUUCGGAAGGAACCUGCGGGUGAGCUCUCGAAAUGCCAAGUGCCUUGGGCGCUUCUCACACAUCCAGAGCGCUAUCCUCAUUUCUGGGGAAGAGCAGCAAAAUGA